AAAAUCUUAGACAAGAAAAAUUAAAGCAGCGACGUAGGAGUUAGGGUCCGGAACACAUCUUCAAUAUCUAAUUGCAACAAAACAAUGACGGAAGUGGAUGCAAACGGCAACGGCGACGCCGAAGUUCCACCGCCGAAGCCAGAAACACAAGAAUCCCCCCAAAACAACGGAAACUCCUCAGAGCCAGUAUUAUCAAAAAACGCACUGAAGAAGCAAGCGAGACAUCAGAGAUGGGAGGCGAAAAAGGCAGAGAAGAAAGCAGCGGCAAAGGAGAAGAAGAAAAAGGAAUCCGAACGGAAACGGAAGGAGUGGGAAGAAAGCCUCGCGAGUAUGCCUGAGGAUGAAAGAACGAAAUUCAUCGAAUCGAGAAUUAGUCUCCGUAAGGAGAGAAUGGAGCAACAUACAUUGGAGAAGAAUAGCAAGAAAGAGAGACUCAUUAAGGGUAAAGAAGAAGGGCAAAACGUUGUAAUUGAUCUUCAGUUCUCGCAUCUCAUGACUCCUUCAGAAAUUCACAGUCUCGUUAAACAGAUAAUGUAUUGCUAUGCGGUGAAUGGAAGGUGUGAGUCCCCUGCACAUCUUUGGUUAACAGGCUGCGAAGGAGAGAUGGAUGAUCAAUUGAAAAAGAUAUCGGGAUUUGAUAAGUGGAUAAUUGAGAAGGAAAAUAAGCCUUAUAUUGAAGCAUUGCAAGAUCGUAAGGAUGAUUUGGUGUAUCUAACAGCUGAUUCAGAGACUGUUCUUGAAGAGCUUGAUUUGAAGAAGAUAUAUAUAAUUGGUGGGUUAGUGGAUAGAAAUAGGUGGAAAGGGAUAACCAUGGAGAAAGCACAAGAACAAGGAAUUCAAACGGCUAAACUCCCUAUUUCUAAUUUCUUGAAGAUGUGUAGUUCUCAGGUUCUUACUGUGAAUCAAGUUGUGGAAAUACUACUCAAGUUCAUUGAGACAAGGGACUGGAAAACUUCUUUCUUUGAAGUUAUCCCCCAGAGGAAAAGAUCUCAAGCAGAUUUAGAAGGAAAUGCAGACAAUACUGUAGUGGAAGAAGAAGAGGAAGAAGAAGAGCUUGAACAAACAGAUGAUCCAUUGCCAAGUAAAAAGCAAUGUGUUGAGGAGAUUCCUUCUAACAAACUUGUUGAUGGCGUGUAGAGUGUACAACUGGAAAACCAACACAUGAUGAGGCAAGUUUCAAAUCAGUGCUGCACGCAAAAUUUUCAUACUGACAGAAUUAGCGCAACAUUUAUGUAGUUUUAUGUUUUUUUACCAAACUGUGACCCGAUUUUCUUAUGAUGGUAUUGCAAUUUUGGAACGUUGUUCUUCGGCUUUUGGCUUUUGGUAAUUCGUAGUUCUAUUAUUAGAUGAUGGUGAAUGAAAAAUAUUCAUUGGGGUGCGUA